AGUGUCAUUUUGAUAUCGUCGCGAAUCUAACGUGAAAUAAUGAUUUUUGUAGUUCUGGAAUAUGGGUGAUUAAGUGCAAUAUUUUAUAAUAGAUUCAUGUGAAAAGUGUUGUGUUUUGUAUUUUCCGUGCAAAAAGAGUGUCAAAAUGGCCUCGGAUAAGAUUAAAGUUGCUGUGCGAGUUCGUCCUUUUAACAGGCGAGAACUGGAGCUCGGCACGGUAUGCGUGGUGGAUAUGGAUUCGCAGCAGACGAUUCUACAAUACCCGCAGUCGACUCACGACAAAGAAAGAAAACAGCCAAAGACGUUCGCCUUCGACCACUGUUUCUACUCGCUUGACCCGACCCUCAACAAUUUUGCAUCACAGAAGACAGUGUUCGAGUGUCUCGGACGAGAUAUUUUGGACAAUGCUUUCGACGGAUACAAUGCCUGUAUCUUCGCGUACGGACAGACUGGUUCAGGGAAGUCGUACACAAUGAUGGGUGCGCCGGGAGGUGACGAAGGCGGUAUUAUUCCGAGACUAUGCGAUGCUUUGUUCGAGAGGAUAGCUGUACAACAAUCGCCGCCUGCGCUUACGUAUAAGGUUGAAGUAUCGUACAUGGAGAUUUACAAUGAGCGAGUACACGACCUCCUCGACCCCGAAACGACGAGGCGAUCACUCAGAGUCCGAGAGCAUGCUGUACUUGGACCCUAUGUCGAUGGCCUCUCACAGCUAGCCGUAUCGUCUUAUCAGGACAUCGACAAUUUAAUGACCGAAGGCAACAAAUCCCGAACGGUUGCCGCGACGAAUAUGAACAGUGAAUCCUCACGAUCGCAUGCCGUAUUCAGCGUUGUGUUGACGCAAACCCUUUGCGACGUAGCAACUGGUGUGACAGGGGAGAAAGUUGCGCGACUGUCCCUCGUCGACUUGGCAGGUUCCGAGAGGGCUGUCAAGACGGGCGCAGUUGGGGAUAGGUUAAAGGAAGGCUCUAAUAUAAAUAAGUCACUAACAACGCUCGGCCUAGUGAUAUCAAAAUUAGCAGAUCAGUCGUCUGGUAAAAAUAAUAAGGACAAAUUUGUUCCAUACAGAGAUUCAGUCUUAACUUGGCUAUUGAAGGACAAUCUUGGUGGAAACAGUAAGACUGUUAUGGUAGCUACAAUAUCGCCUGCAGCUGACAACUAUGAAGAAACAUUGUCUACGCUUCGCUACGCGGACAGAGCUAAACGUAUCGUUAACCAUGCGGUCGUUAAUGAGGAUCCCAACGCGAGAAUUAUACGUGAGCUACGACAGGAAGUCGAAGCACUCAAGGAAAUGCUCAAGUAUGCUACGGGUUCACCAGUUGGAGAGGAUGUUCACGAGAAAUUGGCGCAAAGUGAACAUCUCAUGAAAGAAAUGUCAAGAACUUGGGAGGAGAAACUAGUCGAAACAGGUCGCGUACAAAGCGAGCGUCAACAUGCGUUAGAAAAAAUGGGUAUAAGCGUACAGGCGAGUGGGAUCAAAGUGGAGAAGAACAAGUUCUAUCUCGUUAAUCUUAACGCGGACCCUUCGCUCAAUGAAUUGCUCGUGUAUUAUCUUAAAGAGCGAACUUUAGUAGGCGCAGACAGAUCGGCAGAUAUCCAGCUGUCAGGGCUUGGAAUACAGCCGCAGCAUUGCCUUUUGGUCGUUGAAAAUGGCGCUCUUAACAUGGAACCAGUUAGUGCAGCCAGGUGUUUCGUGAAUGGUACACCUGUUGUGUCCAGAGUGAAAUUGGGACACGCCGAUAGGAUACUGUGGGGAAAUCAUCAUUUCUUUAGAGUGAAUUGUCCUAAGGAUAAUAAUGAGAUGACGACGUCAUCAGAACCCCAAACUCCUGCGCAGCCGAUCGAUUACAACUUCGCGCGUGAUGAGAUAAUGCUGAAUGAACUUAGCAAUGAUCCUAUACAAACUGCUAUCUCACGACUCGAGAGACAACACGAGGAGGAUAAACAAGUGGCACUCGAAAAACAAAGACAGGAGUAUGAAAGACAGUUCCAGCAGCUACGGAAUAUACUUUCUCCUUCUACACCUUAUCCGCCAUAUUCGUAUGAUCCACUGAAAUUAGGCAAAAUGACCGCAUGUACACCGACAACAGCCGCAAGAGUCGAGCGCUGGGCCGCUGAAAGAGACGACACGUUCAAACGGUCUAUAGGGCGGCUUAAAGCUGAUAUAUUGAGGGCCAAUGCGUUGGUGCAAGAAGCCAAUUUCCUCGCUGAAGAGAUGAGAAGGAACACCAGGUUUAGUGUCACAUUGCAAAUACCGCCGCAGAACUUGAGCCCUAAUAGAAAGCGUGGCGCGUUCGUAUCAGAACCAGCUAUUAUGGCGAAGCGUCCGACCCGAGGGGCCCAAGUGUGGUCUAUGGAGAAGCUCGAGAACAAAUUGGUUGACAUGCGUGAUAUGUAUGACGAGUGGCGGCAUAGACAACAUGCAGAGGAUGAUAUUGAUGACGCAGCUCAAAUAGACGUGGAUACACCAACGGAGCAAGAGGAAAAGGCCUUGGAUCCAUUCUACGAGUCGCAAGAGAAUCACAAUUUAAUUGGUGUGGCGAAUGUUUUCUUGGAGGCUCUAUUCCAUGACGUCACUCUCGACUAUCACACGCCUAUUAUAAGUCAACAGGGAGAAGUGGCUGGUAGAUUACAGGUUGAAAUAAGUCGAGUUUCUGGCCAGUUCCCUCAAGACCGUAUUUGCGAAGCAGCUUCCGACAACUCCGGUGAUAUGAGAGAUGAUGAUGAACCAAUCGAUCCACAGACACAACAAGUAACAAUCCGCGUGGUAAUAAAGCAAGCUAGUGGCCUACCACCAUCACUAUCUAACUUCGUUUUCUGCCAAUACUCCGUAUGGGGUAACGGGGAGCCCGUAGUAGUUCCCCCACAAGUCUCCGCCGAUACCCCUCCAGCGCCUUUGACAACUGUAUCACCGAGACACCAAUUACUCACAUUCCGCUUUGACCAUCGCCAAGACUUCAUAAUACCACUUACUGAAGAGUUUAUUGAGCAUUGUGCAGAGGGCGCUCUCUCAAUCGAAGUAUGGGGCCACCGUUCGGCUGGUUUUAGCCGAACGGUCGGUAACUGGGAAGUGGAAGCUCAACAAUUAGCAAAAGCUCGCUCGUUAGCCGAUCGAUGGGCGGAGCUUACUCGGAAAAUCGAACUUUGGGUCGAAAUACAUGAAUUGAACGAUCAGGGGGAGUAUGCGCCUGUUGAGGUGGCGCUACGCCCGGAUAUUCUGACGGGGGGCGUAUACCAGUUGCGUCAAGGGCAGCAACGUCGACUAGCCGUGCGCGUACGACCCGCAGCUAAUUCUGGAACUUUGCCAAUCAUUUGCCAACAUAUAGUCAGUGUUGAAGUCGGAUCAGUUACUGUUAGAUCACGUCUACAGAAACCAUUGGACUCGUACCAAGAGGAGGAUUUGGCUAUCCUUAGAGCGAGAUGGAGUGAAGCGCUCGCUAGACGAAGACAACAUUUGCACGCACAAUUACAGAAACUAGUGAACAUGUCACCCGCACUAAAAAGCGAGCGAGAUAUGGAUAGAGAGCAAUCGUUAGUCGAGCAAUGGGUGUCCCUAACGGAAGAAAGGAAUGCUGUGCUGGUCCCUAGCCCCGGAAGUCCUAUUCCAGGAGCACCAGCUGCUUGGAACCCACCGUCUGGAAUGGAGCAGCAUAUACCUGUGCUGUUUUUGGAUUUAAAUGCGGACGAUCUAACAACACACGGUUCUGGCGAGGAAGUAUCUAUGGCGGGUUUUUACUCCAUUCUACCGAAAGAGCACGGAAACAAAUUCUACGAGUUGCAACUUGUCCACCACCACCAUAAAGAUGUGUCUGCGGUGGCCGCAUGGGAUUCCUCCAUUCACGACUCGCAGUAUCUCAACAGGAUUACUGAACCAAAUGAACGGGUAUAUCUCAUACUCAAAACGACAGUGCGGUUGUCGCACCCCGCACCUAUGGAGCUUAUUCUGCGCAAGCGACUCGCGCUCAACAUCUACAAACGACAAAGUUUCACCGAUCGGAUACGGAAGAAAAUCGUCAGGUAUUCGAUAGUGGAUCAACUAACUCAAACCGGUGUUACAUACGAAGUCGUAUCAAACAUUCCGAAGGCGUCUGAAGAGUUGGAGGAAAGAGAGAGCUUGGCGCAAAUCGUUGCUACGGGAGAGGAAGCCAGUGCAGCUGAUGGAGAGACUUAUAUUGAAAAAUACACGCGAGGCGUAAGCGCAGUUGAGAGUAUUCUAACUCUGGAUCGUCUACGGCAAAGUGUCGCUGUUAAGGAAUUGGAACAAGCACGCGGCCAACCAGUCACUAUGCGUAAAACGGCUUCGGUACCAAAUUUCUCGCAGGGUGCUUUCUCACGACGCGACGCGUUACAAACGAUUUGCAACGCGACUCGGUAUGUCGUUGAUUUCGUAUCGUCACUGCAAGGGCAGGACGAGUACGAUCAAGAAUCGGGGCGUUGCGUGAUUAUGCGUUUGGACUCUUCAUUCGAAUCUUUGAACAAUUUAUCGGCGGGUCGCUCAGGCAGUGUAGCUGACUUAGCUGACGAAACGCCACGACGCAAUAUUCAUAGACAUUCGUACGCUGCGCCCGCUCAUAACGAUCCGGAUAUCGUCACGCCCACAAAACCAUUCGGACUCGCUCGGCCAACGUUCCUAAAUUUGAAUUUGAACCUGAACUCCCUGCGACUGCAGACGCCGAAUAAGUCGUCUCCGGCGAGUGGAAAAUUGGGUUUGCGCAUGACAACCUUGCAUGAGGAGCCAGGUAGACGAAAUGACGAGGAUUCCCAUUCAGAGCCAGAAUCGGCUCCUUCAGAUGAAUUGACUACGCCGCGGUCACAACGUACGCGUUCUCGAGCAAACCCCCGAGGAUUCUUACCAACUUCUAAGACAUUGGAUUCACUUCACGAGCUCGCGUGUGAAAGAAAUCCCAGCAAAAAUUCACCUUCAAUUUCUUCAAGUGGAUAUGGUUCUCAAGCAGUAUCGUCAACCAACCUGACAAACGACGACACACUCUCCAUACGCAGUAUGUCUGUUGAUGACACACCAGAUUUCGACAAAGUAAUGGAUUACACGCACUUGAGCCGGACUAAAAACUCAAUGGCCGGCCUCAGACAUGAGAUAAGUGAACUGAGAAGCGAUAUCACAGACCUGAAGAAUGAAAUUGUCGAAUCGAAAAAUGAGUUGGAAGAUGUUGCAUUCGAGAAAGCGAAAACUCCGGUCUUGACUCCCGGAUCGAGGAACAGGAUAAAUCCGUUCUUAAGGGAUUGCGAGGAAGCUAUGGAUAAAGGACAGAUUUUAGACCCGCUUGGAGCGAUUCCAGUGGAAUCGGUGUCUAGUCAUAACAAACAAGAACCGCAAGUCAAUGGGGAAGCGCACGACACGUCUUUCGGUGAAGCAGAAAUUGAGUCAGUUAGCUCAGAACAUUCAAGUCACGACACGCGGAGUCGUGAGACAUCAUCUGUCGGAGAAAGUGAUUCGCCUGGACCAGAUCCUAUAGUCAAUACGUCUCUUCCUGCGGGAAAGGUCGUCCGUCGUCGUGCUGGUACGGCCCGUAACGCUGCGCGUGCGUCGUAUCCGUCUGGACGUACGAAGUCGCAUGAACACGCUUCGCCACCACUUAAGGACACUUCCGCAUCCACGGAGCGGAUUUUACAGGACGAAUCAGAAAGCGAUCGUUCGCACGCAGUACCUGAGUGGAUGUGUGUGGGCGAAAGUGUACAAUUACGUCUGAGCAGUAGCACCGGAGUAGUUGCGUACGUUGGACCAACCCACUUUGCACCUGGCACUUGGGUGGGAGUAGAAUUAGACGCGCCUACUGGAAAAAACGAUGGCUCUGUAGGAGGGACACGGUAUUUCGAAUGCCGACCUCGACACGGAAUAUUCGUGAGAGGCGAAAAGCUCAUACAGGACCGGCGCGGUCGCAGUGCUAGGGCGUUCCGUGAUAAUGAGCUGAAACGUGCUACUAGCAAAGGUGAAGGCCUACAGAACUUACACAGAUCCCGGAGUCGCGGUGACAGCAUAAAUGCCGUUGGCACUAAAACUAGAAGCAAAUAAGCUCGACAACCUAUACGUACGAGCGUAUACGCGUACGUACGCGCGUAUAUACGUAUACGCAAACAGCAGCAACCGGACCGAAUUGUUUACGUCCACACGAGUCCAAUUCAUUUUAUGUUGCAGUCUUGUAACUAUGGUGCUUAUGUGUAUAUUUUGUUCCUUUCACCCUUAAGCAUAGUUAUUUUGUUCU